CUUGUAGAAUUCCACAUAAACAGAAGGAAGAGGACUUUGAAGGCGCAUCCUCUAAUGAGAAACCACUUUCGAGUAAAAUUCCACCUAAAAUCUUGUUACAGAACCACCAAGAAACAAGCCUUUAACUUCUCAACCUCAGUGUCACCUCAAUUUCUACUCCAGAACCCAUGUCUCCAAAUCCCCAAUCUCCGCCCCAAAAGGCGCGAAUUCGCCAAUCUCUUGCAAUUAUCUAUUUCAAGGAAUCCCAUAAUUCAUUACAAGAUAAUUCAUGGUCAAAUUAUUGUCUCAGGCCUUCAAUCAGAUACUUUUCUUGCCAACAUUCUCAUAAACGUGUGCUCAAAAUCUGAUUGUGUGGACAAUGCCCGUGUAGUGUUUGAUAAAAUGCCGCAUAAGAAUUUAAUUACAUGGUCUUCUAUGGUUUCUAUGUACUCCCAACAUGGUUAUAGUGAAGAAGCAUUGAUGGUUUUUGUAGAUUUGCAACGAAAAUCUGGUGAGCAUCCGAACGAGUUUGUCUUAGCUAGUGUUAUUCGGGCUUGCACGCAAUUGGGUGUUGUUGAAAAAGGUGCCCAAUUGCAUGGUUUUGUUGUUAGGAGUGGUUUUGAUCAGGAUGUUUAUGUGGGUACAUCUUUAAUUGAUUUUUAUUCCAAAAAUGGGGAUAUAAAGGAAGCUAGAUUGGUUUUUGAUCAACUCUCGGUGAAAACUGCAGUGACUUGGACUACAAUUAUAGCAGGGUAUACAAAAUGCGGGAGGAGUGCAGUUUCAUUAGAAUUGUUCGCCCAAAUGAGGGAAACCAAUGUUGUUCCUGAUAGAUAUGUGGUCUCUAGCGUUUUGAGUGCAUGUUCGAUGCUUGAGUUUCUUGAAGGGGGCAAGCAAAUUCAUGCAUAUGUGUUGAGAAGGGGAACAGAAAUGGAUGUUUCAGUGGUUAAUGUGCUUAUAGAUUUCUAUACAAAGUGCAAUAGAGUGAAAGCUGGACGGAAACUAUUUGAUCAGAUGGUAGUGAAGAAUAUUAUUUCAUGGACCACUAUGAUUUCUGGCUAUAUGCAGAAUUCAUUUGAUUGGGAGGCCAUGAAGUUGUUUGGAGAAAUGAAUAGAUUAGGUUGGAAGCCAGACGGGUUUGCUUGUACUAGUGUUCUCACUUCGUGUGGUUCACGUGAGGCUCUAGAACAGGGGAGACAAGUGCAUGCUUACACCAUCAAGGCCAAUCUUGAGUCUGAUGAGUUUGUGAAAAAUGGUUUGAUUGAUAUGUAUGCAAAAUCCAAUUUGCUGACUGAUGCAAAAAAAGUUUUUGAUGUUAUGGCCGAGCAGAAUGUGAUAUCUUACAAUGCAAUGAUUGAAGGAUACUCGAGUCAGGAGAAGCUGUCCGAAGCAUUGGAACUUUUCCAUGAAAUGAGAGUCAGGUUGUUUCCACCAAGCCUCUUGACCUUUGUUAGUCUCCUUGGUGUAUCAGCUUCACUAUUUGCUCUGGAACUUAGCAAGCAAAUUCAUGGACUAAUCAUAAAAUUUGGUGUCUCUUUGGACCUAUUUGCUGGCAGUGCUUUAAUAGAUGUUUAUUCCAAAUGUUCUUAUGUUAAAGAUGCAAGGCUUGUAUUCGAGGAGAUGAAUGAGAAAGAUAUCGUUGUGUGGAAUGCUAUGUUUUUUGGAUACACCCAACAUUUGGAAAAUGAGGAGGCCCUAAAACUCUACUCAACAUUACAAUUUUCGAGGCAAAAACCUAAUGAGUUCACUUUUGCUGCCCUCAUCACAGCAGCUAGUAACCUAGCAAGUCUUCGACAUGGUCAACAGUUUCAUAAUCAGCUUGUAAAGAUGGGUCUAGACUUUUGCCCCUUUGUAACAAAUGCCCUUGUGGAUAUGUAUGCCAAGUGUGGAAGCAUUGAGGAGGCUCGCAAAAUGUUUAAUUCAUCGAUUUGGAGAGAUGUUGUCUGUUGGAAUUCCAUGAUCUCAACCCAUGCACAGCAUGGAGAAGCUGAAGAAGCUCUUGGGAUGUUCAGAGAAAUGAUGAAAGAGGGAAUACAACCCAACUAUGUCACAUUUGUAGCUGUGCUCUCAGCAUGUAGCCAUGCAGGGCUUGUAGAGGAUGGGCUCAAUCACUUCAAUUCAAUGCCUGGAUUUGGAAUCAAACCAGGGACAGAACAUUAUGCUUGCGUGGUUUCUCUCUUGGGCCGAUCUGGUAAACUGUUUGAAGCAAAGGAGUUUAUUGAGAAAAUGCCAAUAGAACCAGCAGCAAUAGUGUGGAGGAGUUUGCUUAGUGCAUGUAGAAUUGCUGGUAACGUAGAAUUAGGAAAAUAUGCUGCUGAAAUGGCAAUUUCAACAGAUCCAAAGGAUAGUGGAUCAUAUAUUUUACUCUCAAAUAUUUUUGCAUCUAAAGGUAUGUGGGCAGAUGUGAAGAAGGUGAGGGACAGAAUGGACUCUAGUGAGGUGGUGAAAGAGCCUGGACGUAGUUGGAUUGAAGUGAAUAACAAGGUUAAUGUCUUUAUUGCAAGAGACACAACUCAUUGUGAAGCUGAUAUGAUAGGUUCAGUUUUGGACAUAUUGAUUCAGCAUAUCAAAGGGGCUGGUUAUGUGCCUGAUGCUACUGCCCUUUUGAUGAAUGAUUGAGGAUAAACCUAGGUGCAGCUAGAUUUUGAUUCAUUGGUGAAAACUUGAGUCAUGCAGCUCAUCAGUCCAUCCUGGACUUGCAGAGGUUUACAUAGAGGAAAAAAUUCUUGUUCUGAGCUUUUUAUGGACUAUUUUUUGAACUGCAUACUUCAACCAGUGCAUUUGAACUUGUAAUGAUGAAUUUUGUUCUCGUGUUUCAUGAAGCUGGUGACCCUCUAAGAUGAAGGGGUAUGGUUAUGAUGUUCAAAUUUUUGUUAGGCUCUGAAUCAUAGCCAGCAGUUUGAGAAACAGGUAAGGUUUGGGGAUGACUUGAGCUCACUUCUUGAUUUUUAUGAGAGUGUUGGUUACAGAAGUGGGGUUUCCCUGAAAAUUUUGGAUGAUUCCAAUGCAUCUCUCAGUUCAAGGAUACCUGGCCUGGGGACAUGCCUAACCAGGGAAACAAUGGAGCAGAAAAUAUGUGAAAUAUGUAUUCUCAAGAGAGAGUGAGGGAGAAAUCUCUUGGCCUUUUACCUUUUGUCAUCUCCUGUUUAGUCUUUUGUGGACAACUCAGAUGGGCUCUCCUAAUCCUUUGGCAAUCUUCUAAUCUUUUGUCUACUCUUGGGGGCGACUGGGCUCACGCUCACUCAUUGAUUGAUACAAUGCCAUGUAUGGGAAUGGAGAAUAAAAAUGAAUAUUUUGUUUCUAUUCU